AUGAAAUUGUUAGAAACACAAAUGUUGUACGUUGAAAAUGUUUCUGAAAUAACAACUUAUAAAUUGAGACAAAUGUUUUGUAAAUUUGGGAAAAUCUUACAUGUUGGAUUAGGGAACAACUCUACUACUAAAAAUUGUGCUUUUAUAGUUUUUGAAAAAGUUAAUGAUGCAAUUGAAGCUCAUAAAGCUAUGAAUAAUAUUGUGUAUCAGAAUAAGUUAAUGAAAAUUAAAUACUUUCAAACAUUUCCAGUAGCAGAUGGAAAAUUGUAA